CUGGCUUAUAGAUAACGAAUUAAUAUAUCGUUUUCAAUAAGGAUUUGUUUUGCAAAAAAAAAAAAGAAAAACUAACGCACACUGUCGUCGUGCUAUGCGUAUUCUGAAUUAAUGGUGUGCGUGCUUUAGCUGUAUGUAUUAAAAGCCAGAAAUUCCGGAUACAGGAAGUAGUACCUGUUUUUGUGGCUACCUUUGAGUCCCUUUUGUUUUUCCCCCUGCGGUAUGAAAACAAAUUGAGGACGCAUGGAUAUGUUGAAACAGCACUCUACAAUUAUCAAAAAAAAUUGAUUGAGGUUAUGUGGUCUGUUUUCUUGGUAGGAGUUUGCUGGGGGAAACGAAAGCUAUUGUUGACUGGGCAUGAGCAUUGGUGGAUCUUGUGUAUCCUUACGCACUGGAACAGGCGCUAAGAACUGCUCAAUGAUUGGCUGCACGGUUAAUACUUAUGCUGCUGUGGUUGGCUGCAGUCUCUAAAAAGAGGAGUUGCCAGAGCAAGAGAUUUGAAGACCAACUGUGCUGCUGCUGCUGCUGCUUCUGGUUGUCGCUACUCUAUCUUACUUGUGAUGUUGGAUAUGGGAGAAAGGAAAGAAGUCAAAAUGAUUCCUAAAUCAUCGUUUAGUAUAAACAGCCUGGUUCCCGAAGCCGUCCAAAGCGACAACCACAACCAACACCACCACCACCAUCAACACCACAGAACGGUGCACGAGGAAGAGGAGAAAACUCCUUUACCUGCCCAAGUGCUGGAGCAAAAGUCGGAGAACACUUGCGCUAAAAGUGAGAAUUCAUCCCACGACUCGUCGUGCACGGACGAGAAGGAGAAACCGGAAGAAAAACGGGACACCAAAGAAGGCGAAGGAGGCAAAGACGGCGAAAAGAAAAACGGCAAGUACGAGAAACCACCUUUUAGCUACAAUGCUUUGAUUAUGAUGGCCAUUCGGCAGAGUCCCGAGAAACGGUUAACCCUUAACGGCAUUUACGAGUUCAUUAUGAAAAAUUUCCCGUAUUACCGGGAGAACAAACAGGGAUGGCAGAAUUCCAUCAGACACAACUUAAGUCUUAACAAAUGUUUUGUCAAAGUGCCCCGGCAUUACGAUGACCCAGGAAAGGGAAACUACUGGAUGCUUGACCCAUCUAGCGACGACGUAUUCAUUGGCGGCACGACGGGCAAACUUCGGCGGAGAUCGACCACCUCGAGGGCAAAACUGGCGUUUAAACGGGGCGCAAGGCUUACCUCCACCGGACUGACAUUUAUGGAUAGAGCUGGCUCUUUAUAUUGGCCUAUGUCGCCGUUCCUCUCCCUACACCAUCCGAGGGCGAGCAGUGCGUUGAGUUAUAACGGCACAUCGUCGCCUUAUCCUAGUCACCCAAUGUCUUAUAGCACAAUGUUGACUCAAAACAGUUUGGGGAGCAAUCACUCUUUUCCAACCUCCAAUGGUUUGAGUGUUGACAGACUAGUGAAUGGAGACAUCCCUUACGCCACACACCACCUCACUGCGGCCGCUUUGGCCGCCUCAGUGCCAUGUGGGCUUUCCGUACCCUGUUCCGGGACAUACUCUUUGAAUCCUUGUUCGGUGAACCUGCUUGCGGGCCAGACCAGUUAUUUCUUCCCCCACGUCCCUCACCCAUCCAUGACCUCCCAGAGCACCACGUCCAUGAGUUCCCGGGCCGCCUCUUCCUCCUCCCCGCAAACGGCCUCCUCUCUCUCGUGUGACUCCUUAAGGCCUUCCCUACCCAGUUUCUCAUCCGGACUUUCGAGCGGACUUUCUGACUACUUCACACAUCAGAAUCAAGGGUCAACAUCAAAUCCCCUUAUACACUAACUAACAUCCACAGGAUCAGACUAUGUCUGGCAGUGUGUGCUGCAGUAGCCCGAAUCCACCCUGUGAUGCGUUACUCACCCAUGCUGAGAAUGUUUACAGUUGUAAUCAAGGUCCAUGUAACUUGUUUGUGAAAUGUUUUGCCUUUAUGUUUUAGAGGUGCUAUACAAUUUGCAAAUAGUAGGGCAUGAAGUCACAGUUUGAUUAAAUUGCUGUCAGUACAAAAAAAAAGAAAGAGAAAACAGAGGCUUUGUAUAAACCCAAGACUGUUAUUUUGCAUCCCUUUAUAGAAUGAGUUUGAUUUUUCUCCCUUUAGACAAUCUUACAAUUUGAAUUAAAUAUGAACACCUUGGCAUUGUGUUUGUUCAACAUUUUCCUUUGCAUAUGAAGAUCUGUAUAUUUUCUACAUUUUGCAAACAAUGUUUUGUGACAUUUUGUUUGUUGUUGAAACAGUAUUCCCUUGUUGCUAAUGUUUUUGCUGUAAAGGAGAAAACAUGCUGAUCUACUGUGACC